GAGAGAGAUGCACAAGAAAAAUAAGUUCUCACCACUGCCUAUCUGUCCUUCUAGCGAGCGCACACACACUACUUAUCUCUCCUCACUUGAUUCUUCAUAUGCUUUCUCAUCCAAAUUGAUGUUUCACAUUUUUAAGACUCUCCUAGGGACCCAUUUUCCUCUUCACUUGACUUGUCAAAAGCUAAAUUUCCAAUGACUAAGGCCAGGAGGAUCUUCACCCUUUUGCUAAGGCUACUAGCCUUGGGUGCUACCCUAGCCGCGACCAUUAUCAUGGUUACCAGUCAUGACUCAGCUGAAGUGUUGAACUUAACAUUCGAAGCAAAAUAUAGCAACGAAUCUACUUUCAAGUACUUUGUGAUCGCAGAAGCAGUAGCAAGUGGAUACAGCCUUAUUGUUCUCUUUAUUUCUUCAAAGAGUUUGCUUAGGCACUUGGUUAUGAUCCUAGAUGUGGUUAUAACGACGCUACUGAGCUCAAGCGUAUCGGCUGCCAUGGCGAUAGCUCAUGUGGGAAAGAAAGGAAACAGUCACACUGGUUGGCUGCCUAUUUGUGGACAAGUCCAUAAGUUUUGCAACCAAGUCACUGGAGCUCUAAUCGCUGGUUUUAUUGCUGCAAUAAUAUACUUGGUGCUUCUUCUCUACACUCUUCACACUGUUUAUAUAUAGUCCUUUCUUCACCAUUAAACCUUAGACAAUUCUCUUUCUGUGGAUUCUGUAACUCCUUUUAGUACAUGUUUUGUCCUUCCUUUCGUUUUCUUUACCUCUUCCCCCCCGCUCGUUUGAUUCUGAAUGUAAUAUGCUUAUAAUCUUUAUUUACUAAAGUUCCAUGCAAUGAGAUGUUUAUCACUC